CCCUUCACUCACCGGACUCUGUCAGUCCUGCACAAAGGUGACUGAAGAGCAAGAAGAAACUGCUCUGGAAUCACAAUUUGCAACAUUCGGACUAUUUUUCUGCACAUAUUUUUCUUCAAACACAAAGUAGUCUGCCAACAUGCCCGUGUCAAGGAUGAGGAUGCGGCCGUGGCUGGAGUCGAUGAUCGAAUCCAACGCCAUCGACGGUCUGACAUGGAUAGAUAAGGAGAAAACAAUGUUUUCAAUUCCCUGGAAACAUGCAGCCCGACAUGGCUGGGAGAUGGCCAAAGACGCAUCUCUGUUCAAACUAUGGGCCGUUCACACUGGGAAAUACAGUGAUGGUCAAGCUUGUGAUCCCAAGACAUGGAAAGCCAACUUUCGCUGCGCUAUGAACUCAUUGCCUGACAUCAGUGAAGUGAAAGAUAAGAGCAUAAACAAAGGUCACGGAGCCAUGAGGGUCUUCAGGAUGCUGCCUGCUGUUCACAAAUGUAAAGAUAAACGGAGCAAAGCGAGGGAGUCAAAGUCAAGGAAGAAGUCUGCAGCAGUCAAGACGGAGGAUGACACAGACUACAGUGACACCCAGUCUCCCAUUAGCCUGCCAGAUGAGACCAUGUCCCCUCAGGAAAACACCAUCGACAGCACAGUGCGGACAGACCCGGAUGCUUUCCCUUUUGUGAUACCAUCUGAAGUUCCCGAUUGGUCUUUGUCGGUGGAGAUCGCGUCAGCCCCCUUUUCAUCCAGCUUUCCCCACAGAUUUGAGGUUUCCCCUGAGCACAGCUCUGACUACGAAUAUUCAUCAGACAUUGUUGAAAUUUGCAAGCAACUGGAGAACGAAUCCCAAUGGCGGUGCAGGUCAGACCUCAGUGGGUUCCUGGGCAAUGAAUCAUGCAGUCCAGAAAGCCAGUGGAGUGACUCUUCAUCAGCCGAAGAACUAGACGAAACGCCGCAGUACACAACGCUGAACUCAAACAUCUUAGACCCCUCAGAGGACAACUGGUUGAACAAUUUUCACCCGUUCCCAAUGCUUUUGUGAGGUCUUUACAGAGCUGGUUUGGACUUUACUUUGAGACUUUGGACUUGUAAAGAGCUCUUCCCAGCUGCCAUCUUCCUGCAUUUGAAACCAAACCCUUCAAUCAACUGAUCUUCCCACCGUACGUUAAGCUAAAUCAGCAGCCAGGAGCUCCCAUGUUGCUGGUUGUUGGUGGCCAUUUGGAGAGUCGUUCACACCUCUGUGGACCAAUAUGUGAAGCGUUUAAGGACACUGCUACGUUUGAAGAAGAUGCUGUGCACUGCUCAUGCUUUUGACUGGUUCAAAGCAUUUCUGGUGUUCAUUGUGUAAUCAUCUGUAAAAAUAGAAUCUGGAGUUGCAUUACAUCAUAAUAACCCUUAAUAAUUAGGAAGUAUGUCUACCUCAAUUGCAAAUUUGGUAGAACUCCUUGCUGUUAGCAUUUGCCCGGUAAUCAGUGUGCAUUGCUUAACAAUAAUCAUAUACACUCUCUCUGUUUCCGUUAUUUGUGCAACUAAGAUUUUGUUAGUGGACAAAUAAGGCAUUUUAACUUUUUACCUCCCAUUACACAUCUAUCCACUUCUGGUGAAAGCACUUCUUUAAUGUUCACACGUUUUGUAAAUAUUGUGUUUGUAUUUUUUAAAUAAUAUAAUAAAAAAAUUCUCUUGUAA